AUGGCGCCACUCUUCGAGGUCAGACAGACAGACGGAAAAGGCUAUGGCGUCUUCGCCAAGAAGCUGAUACGUCCAAACACCAUCAUCAUCGACGAGCAGCCCAUCAUGACCGCGAAGCCGACCACCGAGCAGCCAGCGGUCGUAGACGCAAGUAUCGAAGCGGCGUUCAAGAGGCUCAGCAAGAAGGAUCGAGACCGAGUUCUCGAAUUAUGCUGGACAGUUCGCUUUGGUCGCCCUGUGAUCCAAUCGACCACACUUCCACAGCGCCAAAACCGUGCGUGCGAGCACUGCACAGAGAUCGUUCUAAGGUUCCAAUCAAUCUCAAGUCCAUUCCCGAACCUCGGUGUACUAUCGUCCUCUGUACGCCAAUAUCUCGGUUUCUCCGCAGCACCAUGUAUCUUUGUUAAGUCUCCUACCAUCUUCCACAGCAUCUUUUGUUGGAGUACGAGCAUGCAAAAGGAACAUCCGGACCACAGUAAAGCGCUGAGUCGUAACGCCGAUCCGGUAUAUGCAAUGCUAGCAGGACCGAUUGCUCAAGUUAAGAGACUUUAG